UGGGGCGAAUUUAUUUAUUUAUUUUUAUUGAAUAAAUUUUGUUUGAAAAUGUUGAAAAUAAGCAAGAUAAUAACACAAAACGUUACAGUUGCCAAUUUGACUGGCAAGCGACAUAUGCUCACCUCCGCCCGCCUCUUGGCCAAUGUCGAAUCCAGCUCAGGCAACAGCAAUCCGGAUGAACCAAUUGACAUAACAAAUCCCUUUCAAAAGGAUCCGCAACAGUGUAUACUGUGCAAGCACAACAUCCAUCCUCAUUACAAGAAUGUGAAAUUGCUGUCACAGUUCCAAUCGCCGUAUACUGGACGCAUUUAUGGUCGCCACAUUACCGGAUUAUGCAAGCAAAAGCAGGAGGAUGUGGAGAAGGCGAUUUUGCGUGCCCAGCAGUUCUUACUCAUGCCUGGCUACCACAAGGACUUGGACUUUUUGCAAGAUCCCAAACUCUUUGACCCCGAGAAGCCUGUGCGGCCACAUAAAUACUAGGAAUAUUCUUUUUCAAUUGUUUUGUUUUAUCGUUUAAAGUGGUGUGAAAUACAUAUUUUCCUACUUA